AUGGAGGAAGACUUGCUCCCACCCCUGAUAGCAAAUGGCCUGGAGAAGGUUUUGGCUAAUCCAGCUAUAAAAGACUAUGAUGUAGCAGAAAACCUGUCCAACCACGCCAUCAUCUUGAAGGGGGAGUAUGAGAUCUAUGGCGAGUCUCAGCUUCUUGAGACAGCUGUUCAGCUCGCCCACCUGGCUGUCGAGGCAAUGCCCGACGGACACUUCAACAGGAUGUUCCCCUUGAACAACCUUGCUGCUAUGCUUCACCUGCUCUUCCAGAGAACCCACGACACAGCUGUCCUUGCCGACGCCGCCAGAAUCUGCAAGAAAAUAGUCGACGAGACUCCCGAGGACAACGGCAUGUGGACCGGCAGGGCGAGCAACCUCAGUGUUAUGUAUGAGGCCCAAUACAACGUCACCGGCGACACGACCUACUUGAAACAGGGCAUUGAGUUGAUGCGCCGGGUGGUGGGCGUCACGUCCGAAGAUCACUGGGAGCGGUCAGGAUUGCUGGGUAACCUAGCGAACCAGCUCAAUAGCCUGUUCAAACGGUACAGGGACCUCGCCGUCGGCGGCGAGGCCAUCCAAUUCGCCCAACAAGCGGUCGACUGCAGCCGUCCGGGCGACCCGGAAGCUCCGGAAUGGCUCAACAGCCUGGGUGUUACCCUCCACGAAUACUACAAGCGCAGUUAUGAGGCCCGCGUCUUGGAGCUGGCGAUUGAUGCCUGCAGAAAAUCGGUGGCGAAGACGCCCGAUACCCACGUCGCCAUCGCGCGGCGACUCGACAAUCUUUCCGAGUUGCUGCGGAGCUCGUUCCUACGAACAGGGGAACUCGAUGCCAUGGUGGAGUCCGCCAGGCUCGCGGAACAGGCUGUCAACUCUACGCCGGACGUGCUCGCAGAGAAGAACGACUGGAAACACAACUACGCCACAAAGCUCAUGUUGCUGGCUGAGGUCACUGACGACAUCUCCAUGAUGAGAACCGUCGUCGAGCUGUUCCGGGAGUGCGUUCAGUCGACGUCUGAGAAAGAUCCGGACAGUCCGGACCACGCCACCCAGCUGAACAGUCUUGGCUGGGCCCUCGGCAAGAUUGCCCGAAAGACAGGCGACCCCGCAGCCAGGAUGGAAGCCGUCCGGGUCCUCCAGACAAGCGUCGACGCCACUGCCGAGGACCAUCCAUCCCGGGGGCAGUGGCUGAUGAACCUCGGGAACGUGGUAGAACUGCCCGUGCACGAAGCUAACCAGGACGCCGCAUCCGUCCCGCUGGGAGAUGCCGACCGGGCCCUGGCCUGCUAUGUCGAGUCCUUUGAGUCUCUGCAUGCGCCCUCGGUUAUUCGCAUGGCCGCGGCCCGGAAUGUGAUCCGGGUGCUGGCGGGAAGAGAGCUCUGGGAGCGUGCCGGCCAAGUAGCCGAGUCCGCCAUGCAACUGCUCCCCAUCAUCUGCGGCCGGCAGGCCACGCGAGAAGACCAGCAGAACUCGGCCAUCCAUGUGUCGGGGCUUGCGGCCGACACCUGCUCAGUCUUUCUCAAGCUCGGCCAUGCGGCCAAGGCCAUCCAGUGGCUCGAAUUUGGCCGUGGCAUCGUCCUCGGGUACAUGAUGGACGACAAGCAAGAACCUGAGGCGCUGUCCUCCCUCCAACAGCGUCACCCGGCCCUCGCCGCGCGCUACGACACCCUGCGGCUCCAGGCGCAGGCGCCUAUUAAUGCCCAAGAUCCUGCCCUAAUCGAUGUGCUGCGGCACCAGAGGUGGCGGGCCAUCCAGGAUAUGGUCAGCUGCCUCGCCGACAUCCGCAAGCUUGAUGGCUACGGGAACUUUCUCCUCGAGCCGGAUUUCGACGAGCUGGUCGCGCAAGCCGUCGACGGCCCCAUUGUGGUGGUUAACCUCACUGACAUCGGCUCCGACGCCGUCAUCGUAACGCCGAACGGCGCCGACGCAAUCCCACUGCCAAAGGCUCGCGCCGUCCAGGCCCCAUCGUUGGUGCAGCGCGCAUACACCCGGUUCGGGGCGGCCCGGACGGCACUCGCCUCGGAGCGAGAUAUCUACGCGGAAGAAGAUGGCGACGACGGCAUCGGAACCAGCGACGAAGAACUCAUGUGGCUGUGGCAUGGGUGCGUCAAGCCGGUCGUCUCCCGUAUGAGGGAGAACAAGCUCUUGGGCCUUCGAGGCGACGACGGCGGCGACGGCGAUGUCUUGUCGCGCGUUUGGUGGAUCGGUUCGGGUGUCGCAACCGCGCUUCCCUUCCACGCUGCAUGCCGUGACACUGCACAUGCCGUGGUCACAACAUCCGACGGCGGCGGCUGCACCGUCGAAAGUGCUGCAGACCAGAUGAUACCGUCGUACGCACCUACCAUCAAGUCCCUGGGCUAUUCGAGGUCCCGGGCGGCGAGCUGCGGCGUCGUCGGGCGGGCCGUGAAAGCCCAUCGCGUCCUCGUUGUGGCCAUGCCCACAACUCCUGGACAGAGAGCGCUGAAAGGAGCAGAUCGCGAAGCGGAUGCCAUCAAGGACAUCUUCGCACCGCUCUCUCCCUGCCAAGUUCUGCGGCACCCCACGGCAGAGCAGGUUCUCGCCUGCAUCCCCGGAUCAACCAUGGUCCAUUUCGCCUGCCAUGGGUCCGCCGACCUGGUGGAUCCGUUAAAGAGCCGCUUCAUGCUGCAGAAAGACGGCGGCGGGGGCCCGGCAGCCGACAGUUUGACCUUCUCGAUGAUAUCCGCCGCCACCGUAACGCACGAUAGCUCUUGGCUGGCCUUUCUUUCGGCCUGCUCGACAGCCGCGGUGCGGGCCGAUCGCCUCAAGGAAGAGAGCCUGCACCUGGCCAGCGCCUUCCAGGUAGCAGGAUUCGUGCACAUCGUUGCGGCCCUCUGGCCCGCCGACGAUGAUGCCUGCACGCGUCUAGCGGCUCUAUUCUACACGCACCUGACGUGCCCGCAGGGCCAAAGCGGAUAUGCCUCGCCCGCGUCGGCUUUGAGAAGGGCCACCCUGCAGCUGCAAUCCGAGUACCCGAAUAGGCCAAGUAUUUGGGCGCCCUUCAUUCACAUCGGCGCAUAAUCGGAAAAGAAGAGUGCAUCCACUGUGGCCGUACAGGCUCCUACUAUUGAACUGAACAUCAAAUAAUAUACCAGGACGCUAUACAGCAAUAUUUAGAAGCUUUCGUAUAAUCUCCUCUACGAGUAAAGUCAACAGAGUCAGCUCGCUGGUCUGCCGUAUAUUCUACCGCAGUAUUGGGUCGAUAAUGACUAAGGUGUCACAGCCGUGAAACUGCUAAAUAGGACCCGUUGGAACCUGAGCAUCGAAGCCGUCCUAUCGUUUUAGACACGAUAACAGGCUUCUUCCGGGUCUUUAUUUUCCAAAAUAAGCAGAAAGAGGGCUAACCUACGGAGGUCCUUAU